GGUGGCACGCAUCUGUAGUCCCAGCUACUCGGGAGGCUGAGUUAGGAAAAUCCCUUGAACCUGGGAGGUGGAAGUUGCAGUGAGCCAAAAUUGCGCGACUGCACUCCAGCCUGGGUGACAGAGCGAGACUCCGUCUCAAAAAAAAAAAAAAAAAAAUUCUACCUGUCAAGACAGAAUGACUUUCUGUUGAGGCUGCUUAAUAAAUUGAAAAUAUAAACAAAGUAGUAGUGAGUUUUUUAUGUAUACAUAAGUGUUUUUGUAAAUGAAAUGUAACUUUUUCAUAGAACAGCCUUUUUUUCCUUUGGAAUUUUUGUGUACUUUCCAUAGAAACUUUAUAAUUAGGAAAAACUGGUGAAAACAAAAAAUUUUUGUUUUGGGUUUGUUUUAAUACAUCUAAUUUCACUGCCUUGUACAAAAUAAUGGGAGAAUUCUUAUUUAGGAAACAUGAUUAUAAUGUCCUGUUUUAUAUAGAAAGAUCCCUUUACAUGUUCAGUAAUUGUUCUCUAGUAUCAUUCUUUUCCUUAUUUGGUUAUAUUAAGUUUUUUUUUUUUUUUUUUUUUUUUUGAGACGGAGUCUUGCUUUGUCACCCAGGCUGGAGUGCAGUGGCAGGAUCUCAGCUCACUGCAACCUCCAACUCCCAGGUUCAAGCAAUUUUCAUGCCUCAGCCUCCGGAGUAGCUGGAAUUACAGGUACACGCCACCACGCCCGGCUAAUUUUUGUAUUUUUAGUAGAGAUGGGGUUUCACCAUGUUGCCCAGGCUGGUCUUGACCUCCUGACCUCUAGUGAUCCCCCCGCCUCGGCCUCCCAAAGUGGCGCCCAAAGACAUGAGCUACGAUGCCCAGCCAAGUUGUAUUAAGUUUUAUUCAAUGAAAAGUUCUAUAUAAGAAACACUUUGGCCGGGCGCGGUGGCUCAAGCCUGUUAUCCCAGCACUUUGGGAGGCCGAGGUGGGCGGAUCACAAGGUCAGGAGAUCGAGACCAUCCUGGCUAACACGGUGAAACCCCAUCUCUACUAAAAAUACAAAAAAAAAAAAAUUAGCCGGGCGUGUUGGCAGGCGCCUGUAGUCCCAGCUACUUGGGAGGCUGAGGCAGGAGAAUGGCGUGAACCCGGGAGGUGGAGCUUGCAGUGAGCCGAGAUCGCGCCACUGCACUCCAGCCAGGGGGACAGAGAAAGACUCCGUCUCAAAAAAAAAAAAAAAAAAAAAAAAAAAAAAAAACACUUUGCCAAACUUUAUUAGCUAGUGUCAGUAAUGUAACUGCAAGGCAUUUUAACAGUCUUAAUUAACAUGGAGUGACAAUGAAUUCUCCUUUAAAAAACAAAUAUUUGAUAGUUUUUAAUUGUAGAGUAUGUUAAUAAGCAGAAAAAUAAGUUAGACAAUUAACUGAGGGUUACUUGUUCGUGUUAACAGCUAACCUGAUCAGCUACAGCAUCCAUUUUCUACAAAUUAGCAACCUCUUUCCACCUAAAUGAAAUUUGUUUUAAAAUAUUUUUAAAAAUCUUUUUUUAUGAGUAAUCUCAAAUUAGUUAAAAAAAAUCUAUAUUUUAAUUCCAAAGUUUUCUUUUGUUCUUUAUAUAAUGAGAGUGACUCUAUAGGAUUCAAUUAUAUUUCCAGAUUAUACAUAUAUGGUGAUCAUAACAUUCCAAGACUUAUGUUUCAGGAUAAACUCAAUUUAACAGAAAAGGGGAACUCUACAUACUUUUGGCAGAUUGUAACUUUUGGUGACCUGUUGUUGUAGGACAUUAGUCUGAGCAGUUACCAGUCAUUGAGACAAAAAGUACUUGCUAUUAGUUUGCUUUGGGGAGAUGUAACUAAGCAAAAUUUCUAAAUUGGACGGUAGCAGUUCAGAAUUUGGGAUAGUGUGAAUGUGGCUUUUGCUAUAGAAUUUACCUUUGUUCUUGACUUACAAUGGUUCUUGGGGUUUUUGUUCUAUACUCCUUUUGUCAUCAAAAAUAGCGUAUCAUUUACUCCCCACCAAAAGAAUCUGUUCCAGGAGAAAAAUAUUUCCAAAGUAAAUGAUAGCUGCUUCUCCUGACACUUAUUUGUGUAAUAAAAUGUGUCUGGAGUGUCUCAACUUCACAACCUUUUGUUAGUCCAGUAGCAUCAGAUUUAAACAAAAUGUGUUUAAAUUGCUAAUCAAGAAGAUAAUGUUUUUCCUAGUUAAAAGAAAAAGGGCAUUCUGGCAUUCUUAUGCUUCACUGAUAUGUUGUAUCAUAUCAGUGAUAAAUAUUGGGUCUUUCAAUGAUAUAUGCUUUAAUGGAGUAGAUUAUAUAUUUUUUAGAUUAGAAUUUCAGUUUAAGGAAAUUGAUAAUAUAUUAAAUAUCAAACCUAAGGGAAGCACAAACCCAGGAAAUUAUUAGGGGUGUGUUUAAUACCCAUUGCUGAGUUAGUUUCACAACAAAUAAUGAUUACAUACAAUGUACAUGGUACUAUACUAUGUACAAUGGUAGUUGCAAAUAAGAACAAGAUAGUUCUACCUUCAAGAUAACUUAAAAUAACAUAUAUUAACUGAAAACAUUGAAAUUUUCACCUAAAUCAUGAGUGUCUCUUAUUUGACAUAGGAUCAUUGCUUUUUGUUAGAGUGCAGUCCCCUGUUUGGACUUCUAGAAUGUCUCUUUUGCUUAAACCAUACCUGGAAUGAGUAGUAUGAUUAAGUGUCUCUAGCCGGGUGCGGUGGCUCACGCCUGUAAUCUCAGCACUUUGGGAGGCCAAGGUGAGCGUAUCACCUGAGGUUGGGAGUUUGCGACCAGCCUGAUCAACAUGGAGAAACCUCAUCUCUACUAAAAAUACAAAAUUAGCCGGACGUGGUGGCGCAUUCCUGUAAUCCCAGCUACUUGGGAGGCUGAGGCAGGAGAAUCGCUUGAACCUGGGAGGCAGAGGUUGCAGUGAGCCAAGAUCAUGCCAUUGCACUCCAGCCUUGGCAACAAGAACGAAACUCUGUGUCAAAAAAAAAAAAAAAAAGUUUCUCUAAACUUGGCAGAAUGCUUAAAGGUACUUAUGAAGAACUAUGAAUGAAGAGGGUUCUACUAGCCCAGUUCUGUUCAAUGUGUGGUCCACACAUUGGUGCUCACCCACAGAUUACUGGUUAAUGACAGAAUGGGCUUUAGGGAUGAAGCAGCUGGGUAUUUUCAUAAAGCAGUGAAGCUAAACCCUGAUUUCAGUGAUGCAAAGGAGAAUUUUUAUCGUGUUGCAAACUGGUUGGUGGAACGCUGGCACUUUAUCAUGCUUAAUGACACCAAGAGGAAUACAAUUUAUAAUGCAGCAAUCCAAAAGGCAAUUUGUUUGGGGUCCAAAAGUGUUUUGGACAUUGGAGCAGGAACUGGAAUACUAAGCAUGUUUGCUAAAAAAGCUGGAGCACAUUCCGUGUAUGCCUGUGAGUUAUCCAAGACCAUGUAUGAACUUGCCUGUGAUGUCGUGGCAGCAAACAAGAUGGAAGCAGGGAUCAAACUCUUACAUAUGAAGUCACUUGACAUAGAGAUUCCAAAACAUAUUCCCGAAAGAGUAUCCCUAGUUGUAACAGAAACUGUCGAUGCAGGUUUAUUUGGAGAAGGAAUUGUGGAGAGUUUGAUUCAUGCAUGGGAGAAUUUACUUUUACAGCCAAAGACCAAAGGUGAAAGUGCUAAUUGUGAAAAGUAUGGGAAAAUUAUACCAGCAAGUGCCGUUAUAUUUGGGAUGGCAGUAGAAUGUGCGGAGAUAAGAAGACAUCAUAGAGUGGGUAUUAAGGACAUUGCUGGUAUCCAUUUGCCAACAAAUGUGAAAUUUCAGAGUCCGGCUUAUUCUUCUGUAGAUACUGAAGAAACAAUUGAACCUUAUACAACUGAAAAGAUGAGUCAAGUUCCUGGAGGAUAUUUGGCUUUGACAGAGUGCUUUGAAAUUAUGACAGUAGAUUUCAACAACCUUCAGGAAUUAAAAAGUCUUGCAACUAAAAAGCCUGAUAAGAUUGGUAUUCCUGUUAUUAAAGAAGGCAUACUAGAUGCUAUUAUGGUUUGGUUUGUGCUCCAGCUUGAUGAUGAACAUAGUUUAUCCACAAGUCCUAGUGAGGAAACAUGUUGGGAACAGGCUGUCUACCCCGUACAGGACCUUGCAGACUACUGGAUAAAGCCUGGAGACCAUGUGAUGAUGGAAGUGUCUUGUCAAGACUGUUACUUAAGAAUCCAGAGUAUUAGUGUCUUGGGUUUGGAAUGUGAAAUGGAUGUUGCAAAAAGUUUUACCCAGAAUAAAGACUUGUUAUCGUUAGGAAAUGAGGCUGAACUUUGUAGUGCCCUCGCUAACCUUCAGACCAGUAAACCAGAUGCUGUAGAGCAGACAUGUGUAUUGGAAUCUACAGAAAUUGCUUUGCUUAACAACAUCCCAUAUCAUGAAGGCUUUAAAAUGGCAAUGAGCAACGUUUUGUCUUCACUGACUCCAGAGAAACUGUAUCAGACCAUGGAUACUCACUGUCAGAAUGAGAUGAGCUCUGGAACUGGACAGAAUAAUACUGUACAGAACAUCCUUGAACCUUUCUACGUGUUAGAUGUGUCUGAAGGCUUCUCUAUUCUGCCUAUUAUUGCUGGCACACUUGGGCAGGUUAAACCAUACAGUUCUGUGGAAAAAGACCAGCAUCGUAUUGCUCUGGACCUCAUAUCUGAAGCCAAUCACUUUCCUAAAGAAACACUUGAGUUUUGGCUGAGACACGUGGAGGAUGAAUCUGCUAUGUUACAAAGGCCAAAAUCAGACAAGUUAUGGAGCAUAAUUAUAUUGGAUGUCAUUGAGCCAUCUGGGCUCAUUCAGCAGGAAAUAAUGGAAAAAGCUGCAAUAUCCAGGUGUUUACUACAAUCUGGAGGCAAGAUCUUUCCUCAGUAUGUGCUGAUGUUUGGGUUGCUUGUGGAAUCACAGACACUCCUAGAGGAAAAUGCUGUUCAAGGAACAGAACGUACUCUUGGAUUAAAUAUAGCACCUUUUAUUAACCAGUUUCAGGUACCUAUACGUGUAUUUUUGGACCUAUCCUCAUUGCCCUGUAUACCUUUAAGCAAGCCAGUGGAACUCUUAAGACUAGAUUUAAUGACUCCAUAUUUGAACACUUCUAACAGAGAAGUAAAGGUAUACAUUUGUAAAUCUGGAAGAGUGACUGCUAUUCCAUUUUGGUAUCAUAUGUACCUUGAUGAAGAGAUUAGGUUGGAUACUUCAAGUGAAGCCUCCCACUGGAAACAAGCUGCAGUUGUUUUAGAUAAUCCCAUCCAGGUUGAAAUGGGAGAGGAACUUGUACUCAGUGUUCAGCAUCACAAAAGCAAUGUCAGCAUCACAGUAAAGCAAUGAAGAGCAGUUUUCUAAUGAAAACUGUGUAAAUAGAGCAUCAACAAGUACAAAAUUCUUGUCUUAAUUAGUGGGGGUAUAUAAAAAUUCCUUGUAAUGGUCAAAUAUUUUUAAAAAUUGACAUUAAUAAAGCAUAUUUUAAAAGAUUCUAAAAGAGUAGCAUUAUUAUAGAAAUACUGCUGCAGAUUUGCUUUCUGGAAAAGGAUACAUCACUAGUUUUUUAAAUUAGGAAACUUCUUUUGCUCGAUUUUACGGAAUAGGGAUUCUAAAAGUCUUAUCGUUAUUGACAUGUGUCAGUAAGUAAAGCAAAACUUUACUUUUGUAGGCAUCUUGGCCUUUUUUCUUAAAUCCAAACUUGUAAUUGGGAAACACUGAAAGGCUUCCACUGAAGACUGAGGGUUAUGGUUACCUGUAAAUUCCAGUCUUGCUUCCUUUAAAUACUCAGCGUACAUCUGAAACAUCUCAGGUUUUGUUUUGAGAAUGCAAGCUUGAAAAAGAAUUUAAGCUAUAAGCUAAAUGUAAUUAAAACAGUAAAGGAGUUAGGGAAUAAAUCUUCAGGAGGCAGCAUUUUUCUUGGUCUACUUUGGCAAAAGAACAUUUAAAAGCUGGUAACAAAACAAAGUUAAAUUGAAGACAGACUUACUCCUAUACUAUUUUUCAAAGUUUUGAUUUGGAUGCACAGUAAGUACAUUAAUUGACCCAAUUUUUACAAACUUUUGAAAUAGAUUAAGGAAGAUCCUUAUUAUGCCUCCUAUAUGCUGUAUGCUCUUUGUAAGUCACAAAUAAGACGGAUCUUUGCUCCAGACUACCUGUUCUUGUUACCUCUAUUAUUAUACUACCCAGCUUUAUUUUUAAAAUCAAUUUUAUUGCAUAUAUUUAAGGUAUACAAUGUGAAGCAAAUUAACAUAUCUAUCAUCUCAGUUACCUAUGUAUUUUUUGUUUUUGACAAGAGCAGCUGAAAUCUACUCAUUUACCAUGAAUCCCAAAUACAGUACAAAUUUGUUACUUAAAAUCCUCAUGUUGUACAUUAGAUCUCUAGACUUGUUCAUCCUACGUAUCUGCUACCUUGAAUCCUUUGACCUACCUUUUCCCAUUUCUCCCUACCCCCCAUAAUCAGUUUUGUUCUUUAUAUAUUUAAAUUUUUUUUUUAGAUUCCACAUAUAUGUGAAAUUAUGCAGUAUCUUUUUUUCUGUCUGGCUUAUUUCAUUUAGCACAGGGUUUCCUUCAGGCCCAUUCAUGUUGAAGCAAAUGGCAAGAUAUCAUUGGUUUUUUUUUUUUAGGGAUGAAUAAUAUUCCAGUGUGUAUGCAUAUAUGUACACAGUUUCUUUAUUCAUCUGUCAACAGACACUUCAGUUGUCUCCAUAUGUUGGCCUCUAUGAAUAAUGCUGCAAUGAACACGGACUGCAGAUAUAUUUACAAGGUGGUGAUUUCAUUUGCUUUGAGUAUAUGCCCAGAAGAGGGAUUGCUGGAUCGUAUGGUAGUUUUAUUUUUCUUUAGAAACUUCCAUUCUGUUUUCCGUAAUGGCUGUACCAAUUCUACAUUUCCACCAACAGUGCACAGAGUUCCUUUUAUUCCACACCAUCACAACAUUUGUUGUCUUUUGUUUUUUUUGAUAAUAGCUUGCCUAACUGGUGAGAGGUAGUACUUCAGAGUGGUUUUUAUAUGCAUUUCCUUGAUGAUUAAUUAUGUUGAGCACCCUUUUAUGUACGUGUUGGCCAUCUGUGUGUCUUCUUUGGAGAAAUGUCUAUUCGGGUCUUUUGCCCAUUUUUAAAAUUGAGUUGUAUGAAUUCUUAAUAAAUUUUGAAUACUAACCCUUUUUCAGAUAUAUGCCUUACAAAUAUUUUUUACUCAAUCUGUAGGCUAUUGUUUCAUUUUGUUGACUGUUUCUUUUACUGUCAGAAGCUUUUUGGUUUGAUGUAGUCACAUUUGUUUUUGCUUUUGUUGACUGAGCUUUUGGUGUGAUAUCCAAAAAAUCAUUGCCAAGGGUCAGUGUCCAGGAACUUUUCUCCUAUGUUCUCUUCUAGUUUUAUAGUUUCUGGUCUUACAUUUAGGUCUUUUAUCCAUUUUGAAUUGAUUGUUGUGUAGGUCUAAGAUAAGGGUCUGAUUUCAUUGUUUUGCAUGUGGAAAUGCAGUUUUCCCAGCAUCACUUAAUGAAGACUGUUCUUUCCCCGAUGUGUCUUCUUGGUGUCUUUGUCAAAAAUUAGUUGACUGUAUAUGUUUGGAUUUAUUUCUGGACUCUUUCUUCUGUCCCAGUGGUCUAUAUAUGUGUUUUUAUGCCAGUACCAUACUGUCUUGAUUACUAUAGUUUUGUAAUAUAACUUAUAAUUAGGAAAUAUGAUGUCUCCAACUUUUUUUCCUCAGUAUUCUUUUGCCUAUUCAGGGUCGUUUAUGGUUACAUAGGAAUUUUAGGAUUUUUUUUCUAUUUGUGUAAAUAAUGCCAUUGGAAUUUUGAUAGGAUUGCAUUGAUUCUGAAUUGCUUUGAGUAGUGUGACCAUUUUAACAGUAUUCUGAUCCAUGAGCAUGGGAUAUCUUUCCAUUUAUUUGUGUCUUUCUUUCAUCAGUGUUUCAUAGUUUUCAGUGUACAGAUCUUUUACUGCCUUGGUGUUAAAUUUAUUCCUAAGUAUUUUUUUAUGCUAUCAUAAAUGGCAUCUUAAUUUUUCAGUUAGAUCAUUAUUUAUGUAUAAAAAUGCUAAUGCUUUUUGUAUGUUGAUUUUGUAUUCUGCAACUUUACUGAAUUCACUUGAGUUCUAACAGAUUUUUUGUGUGUGUGUAUCUUUGGAGUUUUAACAUAUAGCCCAGUUUUAGUUUUAAUAGAAAUGUUUAUAAUAGUGGACAGAAUAAAGACUUUGUAUGAUUACUGUGAACCACUAUAUCUGUAUAUAUAUAGAUAGAUAUGAAUAUGUGUAUAAAUACAUAAAACAAAGGCUUUGAGAAACAAUACUCAUCUUUGCUUUCUGUAACAUACUAUGGCACUUUCUAUUUUAUUUUCAUUAUAAAAUGUCAAACAUGACCCAGUGGGGUUGUGAUUAGCAAUUAGAGAAACCCCAUCCUAGGUAAUAAAUUUUUCCCAAAUAGCA